CCGCCACAGCCGGCAGCCGAGCCCUGGGAGCCGGAGGCGCGCGGUGCAGCCCAGCCUGGGACGGAGCCCGGCGACGAGCGGACCCCGGGAGGGCGCGGGGGACGGGGCCGGGCCAGCCCGCCAGGCCGCGCCACGGACCCGGGCCCCGCGUUGCCCGGGCUCCGGUGCCCGCCGAGCUAGGACGAAGCGCGCCAGCGCGCGGGCGCCGAGGCGCCGGGACAUGCAGCGCGCGGGAGGCAGCCGGCGCGGGCUCUCGGCGCGGGCGCAGCGCCCCUUUCCCCCGGACGCCGCAGUGGACAUGGGUGGCGCUCUGGGGCCGGCCCUGCUGCUCACCUCACUCCUCGGGGCCUGGGCAGGGCUGGGCCCGGGGCAGGGUGAGCAAGCCAUGACAGUGGCCGUGGUGUUCGGCAGCUCGGGGCCACCACACGCCCAAGUUCGCACCCGCCUCACCUCCCAGAGCUUCAUGGACCUGCCUCUGGAGAUCCAGCCGCUCACCGUGGGCGUCAACAACACCAACCCCAGCAGCCUCCUCACCCAGAUCUGCGGGCUCCUCGGGGUGGCGCGCGUCCACGGCAUUGUCUUUGAGGACAACGUGGGCACCGAGGCCGUGGCGCAGAUCCUGGACUUCAUCUCCUCCCAGACCCAUGUGCCUAUCCUCAGCAUCAGUGGGGGCUCGGCUGUGGUCCUCACCCCCAAGGACCCGGGCUCCGCCUUCCUGCAGCUGGGCGUGUCCCUGGAGCAGCAGCUGCAGGUGCUGUUCAAGGUGCUGGAGGAGUACGACUGGAGCGCGUUCGCAGUGAUCACCAGCCUGCACCCGGGGCACGCGCUCUUCCUGGAGGGGGUGCGCGCCGUGGCCGACGCCAGCUACCUGAGCUGGCGGCUGCUGGACGUGCUCACGCUGGAGCUGGGCCCGGGCGGGCAGCGCGCGCACAUCCAGCGCCUGCUGCGCCAGAUCGACGCCCCGGUGCUGGUGGCCUACUGCUCGCGCGAGGAGGCCGAGGUGCUCUUUGCCGAGGCGGCGCAGGCCGGUCUGGUGGGGCCCGGACACGUGUGGCUGGUGCCCAGCCUGGCGCUGGGCAGCACCGACGCGCCCCCCGCCGCCUUCCCCGUGGGCCUCAUCAGCGUCGUCACCGAGAGCUGGCGCCUCAGCCUCCGCCAGAAGGUCCGCGACGGCGUGGCCAUCCUGGCCCUGGGCGCCCACAGCUACCAGCGGCAGCAUGGUGCCCUGCCCUCCCCGGCUGGGGACUGCCGUGGCCACCCUGGGCCUGUCAGCCCUGCCCGGGAGGCCUUCUACAGGCACCUACUGAAUGUCACCUGGGAGGGCCGAGACUUCUCCUUCAGCCCGGGUGGGUACCUGGUCCAGCCCACCAUGGUUGUGAUCGCCCUCAACCGCCACCGCCUCUGGGAGAUGGUGGGGCGCUGGGACCAUGGCGUCCUCCACAUGAAGUACCCGGUGUGGCCUCGCUAUAGCGCGUCUCUCCAGCCUGUUGUGGACAGCCGGCACCUGACAGUGGCCACGCUGGAAGAGCGGCCCUUUGUCAUUGUGGAGAGCCCUGACCCCGGCUCGGGCGGCUGUGUGCCCAACACCGUGCCUUGCCGCAGGCAGAACAACCAAACCUUCAGCAGCGGUGACACAGCCCCCUACACCAAGCUUUGCUGUAAGGGUUUCUGCAUUGACAUCCUCAAGAAGCUGGCCAAGGUGGUCAAGUUCUCCUAUGACCUGUACCUGGUGACCAAUGGCAAGCAUGGCAAGAGGGUUCGGGGCGUGUGGAACGGCAUGAUCGGGGAGGUGUACUACAAGCGGGCAGACAUGGCCAUCGGCUCCCUCACCAUCAACGAGGAGCGCUCCGAGAUCGUGGACUUCUCUGUGCCCUUCGUGGAGACGGGCAUCAGCGUGAUGGUGGCCCGCAGCAACGGCACCGUCUCCCCGUCGGCCUUCCUGGAGCCCUACAGCCCUUCCGUGUGGGUGAUGAUGUUCGUUAUGUGUCUCACUGUGGUGGCCAUCACGGUCUUCAUGUUUGAGUACUUCAGCCCGGUCAGCUACAACCAGAACCUCACCAGUGGCAAGAAGUCUGGGGGCCCGUCCUUCACCAUCGGCAAGUCUGUGUGGCUGCUGUGGGCGCUGGUCUUCAACAACUCGGUGCCCAUCGAGAACCCCCGAGGCACCACCAGCAAGAUCAUGGUCCUAGUCUGGGCCUUCUUUGCUGUCAUCUUCCUCGCCAGCUACACCGCCAACCUUGCUGCCUUCAUGAUCCAGGAGCAAUACAUUGACACUGUGUCCGGCCUCAGUGAUAAGAAGUUUCAGCGGCCUCAAGAUCAGUACCCACCCUUCCGCUUUGGCACGGUGCCCAAUGGCAGCACGGAGCGGAACAUCCGCAGCAACUACCGAGACAUGCACACCCACAUGGUCAAGUUCAACCAGCGGUCCGUGGAAGACGCCCUCACCAGCCUCAAGAUGGGGAAGCUGGACGCCUUCAUCUAUGAUGCUGCUGUCCUCAACUACAUGGCGGGCAAGGAUGAGGGCUGCAAGCUGGUCACCAUUGGCUCUGGCAAGGUCUUUGCUACCACUGGCUAUGGCAUCGCCAUGCAGAAGGACUCCCACUGGAAACGGGCCAUAGACUUGGCGCUCCUGCAGUUCUUGGGGGAUGGGGAGACCCAGAAGCUGGAGACAGUGUGGCUCUCAGGGAUCUGCCAGAACGAGAAGAACGAGGUGAUGAGCAGUAAGCUGGACAUCGACAACAUGGCCGGCGUCUUCUACAUGCUGCUGGUGGCCAUGGGGCUGGCCCUGCUGGUCUUUGCCUGGGAGCACCUGGUCUACUGGAAACUGCGCCACUCAGUGCCCAGCACACCUCGGCUGGACUUCCUGCUGGCCUUCAGCAGGGGCAUCUACAGCUGCUUCAGCGGGGUGCAGAGCCUGGCCAGCCCCGCGCGGCCCCCCAGCCCGGACCUGACCGCCGGCUCGGCCCAGGCCAGCGUGCUCAAAAUGCUGCAGGCGGCACGCGACAUGGUGACCACGGCGGGCGUGAGCAGCUCCCUGGACCGCGCCGCGCGCACCAUCGAGAGUUGGGGAAGCGGCCGCCGCGCGCCCCCGCCGCCCGCUUGCCCCGGCCCGCGGCCGCCCACCCCCGGCCCGACCCCCGGCCCGUCCCCCGAGCCCAGCCCCACGGGCUGGGGACCGGCAGGCGGGGGCCGCGCCGCGCCGGGGCGCAGAGCCCCGCAGCCCCCGGGCCGCCCCCCGACGCCCAGGCCGUCGCUGCCCGACGUCUCCUGGGUGUCGGGCUGGGCCGCUCGGGAGGCGCGGCGGCAGUUGCCGGCCGGGCGCGGCGGGCGGCUCCUUUCGGGCUCCGAGCGGCGCGCGCUCCCAGAGCGCCCCCUGUCUCCGCAGCGCUGCCACUACAGCUCCUUCCCUCGAGCCGACCGGUCCGGGCGCCCUUUCCUCCCGCUCUUCCCGGAGCCCCCCGAGCCGGAGGACCUGCCGCUACUCGGGCCGGAGCAGCUGGCUCGGCGGGAGGCCCUGCUACGCGCGGCCUGGGCCCGGGGCUACCGCCCGCGCCACGCUUCCCUGCCCAGCUCGGUGGCGGAGGCCUUCGCCUGGCCCAGGUCUCUGCCCGCGGGGUGCGGCCGCCCGGCCUGCGCGCACUUGGCGCAGGCGCCGGCGACGCGGCUGCCGUCCUACCGGGAGGCCUGCCAGGAGGGCGUGUGGGCCAGGGUCCCCGCCUGGCCGCACAGACAGCACGCCUGCCUGCACGCCCACGCCCACCUGCCGCUUUGCUGGGGGGCCGUGUGCCCCCCUCUGCCCCCCUGUGCCAGCCACAGCCCCUGGCUCACUGGGGCCUGGGGGCCUCCGGGGCACAGGGGCAGGACCCUGGGGCUGAGCACAAGCUACAGGGACAGUGCGGGGCUGGAAGAGGUCAGCAGGGUGGCCUGUGGGACACACGGCUUCCCUGGACCUUGUACCUGGAGGCGGAUCUCCAGCUUAGAGUCAGAAGUGUGAGGCGUCAACCACGGUGGUUCCUGGUCAGCUGGAUUGUCUGCCUGGCGCUGUCAGGGUUAAUGGGGCAGGUGACGUGGACUUUUCUGGCUUCUGCCUUGAAAUCCUGGCUGUGGGCCCCCAGCGACAGAUGUCUUCCACGGUCGGUUCGGUGACCUCAGCAGUCUCAGGUUCUGGCGUGGGCGGGGGGACUCUUGCUGUCCUCACAUGCAAAGCCCUUCCCACCUGUCCUGGAAUCACCAGGAGCAGUGGGCUCUCCCUGACCCGCCCGUAGCUGUUCUUGGUCCUGAUUGCUGGGGGCCUGCUGUGGGGGAGCAUGGAGAUUGGAACCCCAGGGUUGGGGCAGGGCUGUCCCAUUCCUUGCUCUCCCUGUCCGGAGUUUCUUCUCAGAGCAUCUGGGGGCAUUAAACAAAUCUUUUACAACCCACU